GUUGGCUUAUAAAAUCUCAAGGAAGAAAUUUGUAUGUUCCUUGAAGGAUUGUCGCACCUAGUGAAUUAGUUGUAAAGUAAAAAUAUUCUCUAUUUAAUAGCACCACUAUUUUGAUGACGUCAUUUACUAUUGUGUUAUUUGUGAGCAGUAGGUGAUCCCCCCUUGUCGCCUCGUCAUAAUUUUUUAUGACAUAUAUUGUCUUAGCUCGUCUGUUGCGUUUCACGCCAUGUUGCUAGACUGAAGCCAGCUCUAUUUUAGUCAGCUCUUGAUUUUCUCCUUGGAUCUGAUAUUGGAUAGCCUUAUCGUUGCCCUUGGUAGAUAUUCUUAAAGGAUUAUAUUGACCGCUGUUUAGGUCUGAGGUUCGAGUCUUAGGUUCUAGAUUAUAGACUGCGAGUUGCUACAUCCAGACCUGGUGGUGCUUUGUGAAGUUGUGAAUUUUGGAUGCUACUAGAAACUUUUACUAAUGGAUCGUGGGUGAACAGUUUCUUGGCUGGAAUUUAGAUCUACGUGUAUUGCCAGUUGUUGUCUUGAAGGAUUGUCACUGUGUGGACAAUAUUGCUGAACCUUAUAAGUUAAGCCUACAACAUGACUGAAAUCAACCUUUUGACUGAUAGUGAUGUGAAGUGUAAGGUCCAGCUGACUGGCGUAGACAAUGUUGCCUUUGAUGGACAGAAAGAAACAUUGGAAAAUGUCUCCAGUGGCAUCAAAAAGGAAGAAACGAGACGACACUUGACACCAGCCAGUGAAGAGAUGGCUCAAGAUCACUCAGAGGAUCUCAACCUGUUCUAUUGCGGCUUAUCCUGGUGUCGACCUCAAUGGAUGCAGAAAUGUAAGACUAUGGAAUGUUUCACGGUCUCCUUCAGUCUGACAGGAAUUGUCACAUCCGCUUUAAAUAUUUACAUGAAUUCACAGAUCACUACCCUCGAGAGACAGUUUAAUUUCAGUAGCUCACUGAGUGGUCUGCUCAUGUCCUGCAAUGAUUUCGGCUAUCUUCUGACCAUAUUAUUUCUAAGCUACUACGCCAGACAAGUGCACGUGCCCAGAGCUCUGGCACUGUCCACUCUACUUUACGGAGUCUCUGGAUUGUUGUGCACAGUUCCUUUCUUUGGCACCAGAGCAAGUUUGCCAUCUCCUCCAACAGAGCAAGCAAAUACAUCGACCAGCCAUGUGGCCGUUCCUCUUUGUACUAAUACCACUACACAAGAGAGGAACUGUCUGUCCACCAAUAAGACCAUAUUCGAUGUGUCCGAGUCGUGGAGAACUGUUGCUAUUCUUACAUUAGGACUUGGGAUGGCUCUGCAAGGUGUGGCCAAGUCUCCUAGACAACCUUUCCUAGGCACUUACGUGGAUGAUAAUGUGGCCAAGACCAAAACGUCCAUGUAUUUAGGUAUAAUGGUUGGGCUUUCAAUAUCUGGACCAGCGAUUGCUUUUACUUUAGGUGGACUUUUCAGUCGGCUCUAUAUAACAUUAGAAGAAACAACACUGUCACCGAGAGAUCCCAGAUGGCUUGGGGCUUGGUGGUUGGGCUUUCUUGUCUUUGGCUUAUGUGGACUUGUGGUAGGAAUACCAUUGGUCUUUUUCCCUAGACGUCUAGUAGACAAACAAGAGAGACAAGAAGUCAAGAGUCCAACGUCAAAGAGACUAGUUCACGAUCUGAAAGGUUUAGCUGCAGCGCUCCUGAGAUUAGGGCUGAACCCAGUCUAUAUGUGUCUGCUGGUGUCUAAUGGUCUCAACAUCAUGGUAGCCAGUGGAACCAUGGCCUUUAUGCCUAAAUACUUGGAAACACAGUUUAACAUUCCGACAUGGCAGGCCAAUCUGUAUUUGGGUUCCAUGAAUAUUGUAGCAGCCUUCAUUGGUACAAUACUUGGAGGUUGCCUGACAACUAGAUUCAAGUUAUCCCCCCUGAACUGUUUAAAGUGGGUUCUCCUCAGCAAAUGUCUUGGAACUCUGCUCGGAGUGACAGGAUUUGUGACUGGAUGUAAGCAGCCAGUGUUUCAGUCCCACACAUCUAGCAACGGCAACAUCUGUAGCUGUGACAAUCAGAGAUACUUCCCUGUGUGUGGUACAGAUGGUAGCAACUACUUUUCUCCUUGCCAUGCUGGAUGUCAUUCUGUGAAUACAAACAAUACUUACAGUCACUGUGAGAACAUGCCUAGUAACACAACCCAAGGAGCCAUGGCCAAUUUAUGCCAGUCCACAUGUCAGAAUUUGUUCAUUUUUUUGGCACUGAUGUUUAUUGCAGCCUUUGUUACAACUCUAGCAUUAAUGCCAACAUUUAUAGCUAGUGUCAGGUCAGUACAAGACAGAGAGAAACCAAUUGCUAUUGGACUUUCGGCCUUUUCUUCAACACUUUUAGGAUGGUUACCAGGUCCCAUCAUAUUUGGUGCAUUGAUUGACACAUCUUGUAUUGUUUGGAACAAAAGCUGCCUCUCCACUGGAGCAUGUCUAUUGUACGACAUCGAAAAGUUUCGAUUAAGGAUUCAUGCUCUGAUUUUGGGACUUCGUUUAAUCUCUAUUGUUCUUAGUAGCACAGCUCUAGUGGUGGCAGUUUAUUUUAAAAGAUUUGCUUUUCAGGAGCAUCGAGAAAUAGUCAUAACUUUGACUUCAAAGACUGAACUGACAGAGGGAAAUGUUCAAACAAAUCUAGACAGAGAAAUGACUUCAAAGACUGAACUGACAGAGGGAAAUAUUGAAACAAAUCUACACAGAGAAAUGACUUCAAAGACUGAACUGACAGAGGGAAAUAUUUAAACAAAUCUACACAGAGAAAUGACUUCAAAGACUGAACUGACAGAGGGAAAUAUUUAAACAAAUCUACACAGAGAAAUGACAUUGACCUAUUUAAUGCUAUGUUCUGGUGUAUCUUAGAUAGAAAAACCAGACAGUUCAAUAGAUCUAGUUUAAGUAAAACCUAAGUGUUUCUAUUUUGAUAAUUAUUAUACACACACAGCAAAUUGUUUCUUCUUGUGAAUGAUUUAGUUUUGAAUUGAGUGUCAGAGACUUACAGACAGACAGCAGAGACUUAGAGACAGCAGAGACUUACAGUCAGAACGCAAACACUUACAGACAGACAGCAGAGACUUACAGACAGACAGCAAACACUUACAGACAGACAGCAAACACUUACAGACAGACAGCAGAGACUUACAGACAGACAGCAAACACUUACAGACAGACAGCAGAGACUUACAGACAGACAGCAGAGACAGGCAGACAGCAGAGACUUACAGACAGACAGCAGAGACUUACAGAUAGACAGCAGAGACUUACAGACAGACAGCAGAGACUUACAGACAGCAGAGACUUACAGACAGACAGCAGAGACUUACAGAUAGACAGCAGAGACUUACAGACAGACAGCAGAGACUUAGAGACAGCAGAGACUUACAGUCAGAACGCAAACACUUACAGACAGACAGCAGAGACUUACAGACAGACAGCAAACACUUACAGACAGACAGCAAACACUUACAGACAGACAGCAGAGACUUACAGACAGACAGCAAACACUUACAGACAGACAGCAGAGACUUACAGACAGACAGCAGAGACAGACAGAACGCAGAGACUUACAGACAGACAGCAGAGACUUACAGAUAGACAGCAGAGACUUACAGACAGACAGCAGAGACUUACAGACAGCAGAGACUUACAGACAGACAGCAGAGACUUACAGACAGACAGCAGAGACUUACAGAUAGACAGCAGAGACUUACAGACAGACAGCAGAGACUUACAGACAGCAGAGACUUACAGACAGACAGCAGAGACUUACAGACAGACAGCAGAGACUUACAGAUAGACAGCAGAGACUUACAGACAGACAGCAGAGACUUACAGACAGCAGAGACUUACAGACAGACAGCAGAGACUUACAGACAGACAGCAGAGACUUACAGACAGACAGCAGAGACUUACAGACAGACAGCAGAGACUUACAGUCAGACAGCAAACACUUACAGACAGACAGCAGAGACUUACAGACAGACAGCAGAGACUUACAGACAGACAGCAGAGACUUACAGACAGACAGCAGAGACUUACAGACAGACAGCAAACACUUACAGACAGACAGAAAACACUUACAGUCAGACAGCAAACACUUACAGACAGACAGCAGAGACUUACAGAUAGACAGCAAACACUUACAGACAGACAGCAGAGACAGACAGACAGCAGAGACUUACAGACAGACAGCAGAGACUUACAGAUAGACAGACAGACAGCAGAGACUUACAGACAGACAGCAGAGACUUACAGUCAGACAGCAAACACUUACAGACAGACAGCAAACACUUACAGACAGACAGCAAACACUUACAGACAGACAGCAGAGACUUACAGAUAGACAGCAAACACUUACAGACAGACAGCAGAGACUUACAGACAGACAGCAGAGACUUACAGACAGACAGCAGAGACUUACAGACAGACAGCAGAGACUUACAGAUAGACAGCAGAGACUUACAGACAGACAGCAGAGACUUACAGACAGCAAACACUUACAGACAGACAGCAAACACUUACAGACAGACAGCAGAGACUUACAGACAGACAGCAAACACUUACAGACAGACAGCAGAGACUUACAGAUAGACAGCAAACACUUACAGACAGACAGCAGAGACUUACAGACAGACAGCAGAGACUUACAGACAGACAGCAAACACUUACAGACAGACAGCAGAGACUUACAGACAGACAGCAGAGACUUACAGACAGACAGCAGAGACUUACAGACAGACAGCAGAGACAUCCAGACAGACAGCAAACACUUACAGACAGACAGAAAACACUUACAGUCAGACAGCAAACACUUACAGACAGACAGCAGAGACUUACAGAUAGACAGCAAACACUUACAGACAGACAGCAGAGACAGACAGACAGCAGAGACUUACAGACAGACAGCAGAGACUUACAGACAGACAGCAGAGACUUACAGAUAGACAGACAGUAGAGAUAGUUCAUCUUUACUUAGUUUCUUACAUAUACUCACAUCAUCAGACAGCAGAGACUUACAGAUAGACAGCAAACACUUACAGACAGACAGCAGAGACUUACAGACAGACAGCAGAGACUUACAGACAGACAGCAGAGACUUACAGAUAGACAGACAGACAGCAGAGACUUACAGAUAGACAGCAGAGACUUACAGACAGACAGCAGAGACUUACAGAUAGACAGACAGUAGAGAUAGUUCAUCUUUACUUGGUUUCUUACAUAUACUCACAUCAUUUCUCACCUAAACUGAACAUCAACUAUGAGUAUCAUUUCUCACCUAAACUGAACAUCAACUAUGAGAAUCAUUUCUCACCUAAACUGAACAUCAACUAUGAGAAUCAUUUCUCACCUAAACUGAACAUCAACUAUGAGAAUCAUUUCUCACCUAAACUGAACAUCAACUAUGAGAAUCAUUUCUCACCUAAACUGAACAGUUGAUGUGUUAGUCUCUGGCAGACCUCUUACAAGUUUUCCAGCUUCAGCUGAUGUAGCGAAUAAGUGCAUUGUACAAGUAUAUAGCCUGCUCAUGUCUCGGUCAUUUUGAAAGUAAAGUACGCAAACUGAGUACUUGCUAUGGCACUGAAUGCUGGAGAGUGAAGAAGUUUCUUGGGCUGCUGCUGUCUGAAGUAUGCAAUGGUUAGGAUUAGUUCCUUUAUCUUGAUGUUAUUAUUGACACUCAUGAAUACUUGUUUCAUUAAAAUAAAACUAGUUCUUUGAAAUCUGA